AUGGGUUUCCAACGAUGUCCCUAUGAUACAUCCUUGUUUUUUCGUUGCCAUGGAUCUGAGAUACUAAUGCUAUUGGUUUUUGUAGAUGACAUCAUUCUUACAGGAACGUCAGCAUCAUCCAUCACCCAAUUUGUUUCUCAUUUGUUUACCAUCUUCCAUAUGAACAACUUGGGAGAUCUCUAUUAUUUUCUUGGUGUUCGAGUUGCUCGGACUAGUGCAUCUUUAACCCUCACACAAACCAAAUGUCUCUUGUCCUUGCUUCAACGUUUUGGUUUUGAAGGGGUCAAAGCAAUCUCCACAAGGUGUACUACUCUUCGACCAACUCUUUACAGACAAAUGGUGGGAACACUACAAUAUCUUGCACUGACUCGCCCAGAUGUUGCUUAUGCUGUAAGUUUAGUUUGUCAAUUUAUACAAACUCCACGUUCACCUCAUUUGAUUGCUAUUAAAAGAAUAUUCAGGUAUUUCAAAGGAACUCUAAGCCUUGGCCUUCAUUUCACCCAAGCACCAGUUUCUACACUAUGUAGUUUUUGUGAUGUCGACUGGGCUAGUUCAAGAGAUGACAAAUGCUCUACAACUGGUUUCACUAUUUUUAUGGGAAAUAAGUUGUUGUCUUGGGGAGCAAAGAAGCAAGUUAUAGUAGCUCGAUCCACAGUUGAAGUUGAGUACUGA